UUUCCUUUAUAAUGUAUAUAUGCGAGAUAUAUGGAUGCUAGUAUCGCCCAUAUGCAUUUUUUUAACCUCUGCUUGAUUUUCAACUUAUGGGUUUUGAUGUCAUGUUUUGGAACUGUUUAUUUGGUUCAAUCAAUUUGAUCCGAUUAUCCUUUGCUGUCUGUUUAAGGUCAAUUGGCAUAAACGGAAAUUGGUAUGUGUAUAAUCACAAUUUAUGUGUACGUAUAUGUGUGCGUGCGCGCGCAUGUAUAUGGGGCUGAGUAUGUGGAUUGAGGAUAGUAGUUUAUGUCUGGUGAUCUUGGGAUAAAACCGGUUCUGUGCGGAUUCUUCUAAUGCAAGAAAUAAUAUUUCUUGACUAAUUUAACAUAUUUUUGUUUCAAAGUCAUGAAUUACUAUAGGGAAAAGCUAGAGCAUUGAAACUUUUUUGAAAUUUUAUUUAUAAUCUAGCCAUCUAGGUGUCUUUGUGAUCUAUGGGCUCUGGGUUCAUAUGUUACACAGAUUACUGGAGUCCUCUCUCUUUAAGAAAUUUGCUAAUAUCUUGUCAAUUUCAUGAAUUUUUCAGUUCUGUUGCUUCAAUUUGAAUACUGCAAAUAAUUCUUUAUACAUGCAUCAACGGAUCUAGUUUCAUGCUUUUGUAUAGCUUUCUUGUCAUGCAUGCAUCAAUAGUUGUCAGCUACAUCUUUUAAAACUAAAUGUAUAAAUUCUUUCUCUCAAUGUAGCCUCAAUUUUGGGAUUUCUGUUUUGUAACUCUCCUGGGGCCUAUUCACUGGUACUACGUAUUCUUUUUGAAUUGUUGUUUGGUUAGAGAGGUUCCCUUCUUCUUCAAUCGUUUCUCUCUCUCUCUCUAAGCAGCUCCUUUUUCUAGCAUUUUCUUUUCUCCUUAAACAGUAUCAUAUUAUUGCAAUUAUAAGAAAAUGCAUUAUUGUCUGCAUAUUUUAGUGGUUCAUGGCUAGAUCUUUGGAUUGAUGAGGAUUCUACAUGAUUUAUGUCACCUUGAUGAAUGUCACCUUGAUGAAUAACUGCCGAGUAUCCUUGUUGCAUCUGUUUAGAUUGAGACCAAUAGCGGGGAGGUUGAUUUUUUCAUUUGAUUUGAAGAGUUUUCUUUGAAAACUUAUUAGUUGCUAUUAACUAAUUUCAUAAUGGGUUUAUUUAUAAGUUUCGUUGUGAUGCUUAUCACAUGCAUCAGUGCCAUGUCUUUUAUCCGGGUUUUUUAUUCCAUCUGCUGUGUAGGGUUGCAUACAUUAAACUGUUGUAUUGACCUUUAUGGUAUAUUUUCUAUUGUAAAAUUUGUCUAAUGUAUUUAUUUUCAAUGUGGUUAAAUGUAAUGUCCCAAUGGAAGGCUCAAACCACGUGGCCUAUACUCCAAAAGGACUAGUCAAUGAUACAAUUGGAGCCCCAUUGGAACAUUAUAAAGAGCAAGAACUUCCCAAGCAAUGUGGGAUCUCAUACACCACCUACCCUUAUCUUUAUCAUAUGGGGUAUUACAUUAAAUGGCUGCAAAAGGCUUUAUGUUUGUGAUUCUUUUUUUAUUUCAUGAUUUUUAUUUAUUUCAUAAUCCCAAUCUCCAAGUAUUUAUGGUUUCAUGAACAUCAAUAACCGCCCUUUGUGCUUGCAUAAUUUAAAGAGUGUAGGGGUUUGGUCGUGUUUGGACUGAUGCUUUUGUGGCCAAGUUGAUAUUGCCCCUGGUUUUCAUAAACUUUUGAAGAAAACUUUCCUACUCAUUAGUUAGGGCUGACAUCGGGAAAAUACUUUUUUCCCUUCCACUCCAUUUGAUGUAAAUACUUUACAAUCUCUUCUUGAGCCUGAUGGGCAUGACAUUUUAGAUUCUAGUGUCUAAUUGGAUGUUUCUCUUUCUCUAUUUAUGAAAGUGAUACAAGUAAUUAUAUUUAUUUGUGCACUUACAUAUUCCUGCAAGUGCAUGAGUCUUUUUUGUGAUGACUGGUAAUUCCUUGGAGAUUUUUUUACAGGCAAGAGUGAGUUAGUGUUCAUCUUUGAAAGUACCAUUAUUUAUUUUUGAUUUGUCCAGUUAUCAUUUUUUUUUUUUUUCAGAAUAUUUUGAAUGGGUAGCAGCUUAUACUUAUUCAACUACUAAGUAUAAAUUUGUUUAGCUUUUAAGCCUUUUAUCUAGAUAUUAUUUUUGCAUUUGGUUCAGAUCCUUUUGUUUUUUUCUGCUUGUGGAAGUCUUUAGUCUCUUCAACCAUCUUCCAUUUCUUAUAUCCCUGAUUAUACACUUGAUUUUGUCCUCCUUUAAUACACACUUUUGGUCACAAAAAUUGCUAACAGUAAAAUUGACCUAACUACUGCUACUGCAGUUUUGGACAGAAUGCAUCAGAUUAGCAGGUUUUGUAGUGGCAUGACAUAUUGCAUGAAAAAUUAUUAUUACAUUUGAACACAAUUGUAAUUGCUGGUGUGCCUGGUUUAAUUAUUAUCAAUUACUCACACUUUUUUCUGCUUUGAAUUUACAUAAUCUUCUUCUAAGUUUUUCUUUGUAAAUCAUUUGGGCGUCCUUUCUGAAAAUUUAAUGCUCUUUUAUUUAGUCUUCUGAUAUUAAUUUCUUGUGUUCUGUAUAUAACAUGCAAUUAUGUAACUGAAUAUAUUUUCCCCACACUGAGUGAGACCGCGGCUGGAGUACGGAAGAAAUUGCAGAAUAUCCGAAAUCACCUCAGGAUCCAAACGCAAAAACCUCUACUAUAAUUUGGACAAGGAAAGAUUGAUGACAGUGCUACUUCAGUAGGAACAUGAAAUAAGGUGGCUGGUCACAAGACUAGUAACUUGAAGAUCUUCACUUUAGAGAGAUCUCUUUCUUGUGCCUUGGUGCAAUCCUCCUUGGGUAGAGAUAAAUAAAUAAAGGGAUCGGUAGGGCCCAGGGGAAGCAGAAGUGCACUUUGAAGGUCUGCCGAGAACUUUUCUGUUUGAAUUCCCUCUGGCAAAUCUUUUAACCUCUGAAGUGAAUAUAUCUUGGCCAAGAUGAACGGUCAAGGUAGCAGCUCCAACUCAUUUCCUGAGACCUUUCAUGUUGACCAUGGGCCCAAUGUCAACAAUCCUGGGUUUUUGCAGAAUAAUGGAGUUCCAACUAAUUCUGCAGUUGAUUUUGGCCCUACAGUUAUAAGCUGGAUGGGUCAAUCUAGUUCCUGUGUGAAUCCCCACAACCAGGUCAAUCCUGAGGAGUUAUUAGGUGGACAUGGAUGGCUUUCUUCCAUUGGUGCCCCUGAUGGAACUGGUCAAACGUUUGAAGUAAGCCAUUCCAAGCCAAAUAUUGCUCCUUUUCAACAGAACGCUAAUGUGAUCCCGAUUGAUGUUCAAGUCACAAAUGGGACAUCAAUCUUGCAUGGGUCCAGUUCUGGUGUUCACAACAUAGACUUCAAUGCCUUGCAUGAGAUCGGUAAUAGCGAUGCCAAUCAGGAUAUGGGGGCAGGUUUAAGCUUGCGUCUAUUUAAUUCCGAUGGACUAGAAGCUAAACAAAAUCCACCUGCCAGCAAUUCUUCUAUACCAGUCAUGAUAUCUUCUGGAAUAUCAGGAUAUGAGUUGGAAGAAAAUAACGGCAGAGAGGGUCUGUCAUCUGAUGGUAGGCGGAUAUCCUGCAAAAGAAGACCACCUGAAGAUGCUCCUGGACUACUGUAUCUGGGUGAAAGCUCUAGUACUGGUCAAGAAUCUGCAAAUUCUGAAUGGCAAGCUGUUCUUGCUCAAGAAAAGGUCAAAAGCAACUUGAAUACAUCAACUCUGAGUAUUCCUCCAAGUGUAAGUCAUCCUGAUCAGUUGGGGGAUAGAAUUGGCGCUGGCAUGAUGGGGGCAGUUUCUAGAAUGCACCAAACUUCUAGUGGGGCAGGAGAAGUUGAAUGUUCGCAGAGAAAUAUUCGGCCUAGGAGAGCUGCAAAUCCACAAGAUGUUAUACAACUUAGUAUGUUGCCAAGUGGGGCCACAAGGAAUUCUUAUUUACAGUCACCCAUUCAAACAACCAUGUUCUCUCCAUUUGCUCAAUUUCCUAAUUCAAGCUUAGCAGAAACAUUACCGGUUAAUGGAACUGCUCCAGUGCAGGCUUUUUCACAGGUUCGAGAUGAUUUGCAAAAUCUUCAGCCUUCACCAUGGUAUGAUUUGACAUGGCCAAGAGCCGGUGGAUCUUCUCUUCCUCAUGACUCUACUCCUGAUCAUGCUGUCAAUGGUGGCAGUACUUUGCAGCAAGAACAAAAUUCAAGGAACACACUGCUUGUUCCCGAAACUGAUAGGGAAAAUGUGGCACUGUAUCCAAUAACCUUUAACUUUGUCAAUGGGAAUUCAAACUCUCCUGGAAACAUUUCUUCUAGCUCUCAAGAUGGCACUCUUUCGUGUGGUCAUUUCAUAUCUGCUCCUACUCGGGUUUCCGAACCCAGCAUGACCGAACUAUAUGGACAGAGAUUUUCAGAUUUUAUCAAUCGCUCUAUGACCGCAUUUAGUCGCUUUGAGUGCAGAGGGUGGGGUACUUACUGCCCACUACAUGCAAGGACUUCCGCUGCAGCACGAGAAAUGGAUCUUUCAGUUAGGGGUGGUAUUGUACGACCCUUUCAGGUAUAUCAGACUUCGGGAUGGAUGAUAAGUCCUGAGAGACAAGAUGGCAGUCAUCCUGAAAAUCCCUUUGCGUUGGAGUCCAUUGUUGCAACUCAGUUGACAAACAGACUGAUAUCUGAGGUCAGAGACGCUGUGGCACUUGUUCGUAGGGGUGGUACUUUACAAAUUGAGGAUGUUUUGGUUAUGGAUCCUUCAGUUUUAUAUGAAAUAUCUGAGGAUGAUGAAGUUGAAGUUCCCGACGACAUGUACUUUGAUGUAGAUAGCAUGUCUUAUGAGCAAUUACUGGCUUUGGGAGAGCACGUAGGGGAUGUGUGCAUCGGAUUGAGUGAAGAAGCUAUUGUGGCAAAUCUGAGGCAGCAGAAAUAUAAGCCCGGAUCUCCAGUGAAGGAUGAAUCGUGCUGCAUUUGUCUGGAGGAAUACAUCGAUGGAGAUGAUCUUGGGAAGCUGGAUUGUGGACAUAACUUUCACUUCACCUGCAUAAAACAGUGGCUAGUGCAGAAGAACUGCUGCCCCAUUUGCAAAAUGAAGGCCCUGACUGAUAGAGAGAGAGGAACUUAGUUUUAGGGCUCCUUUACAAAAUUUCAAUUAGAGCUGAAACCAGAAAAGUGCUUUCCUUCCCUUGGAUGGCAUCUUCAGUAUCCUCCAGCUAGAUGUGAUUUGGUAUAAUUUAUGACUUCCAGACCAUACUGAGGUUUUGAAACUCUUUUAAAAUGGCAACCUUUUUCACGUGAAGGCUGCUUUCUUGGCUUGUCUCUUAUCCAUGUCGGAAUGAAACCAGGUUUUGAACUUA